AUGUUGCAGGCGGGUCUUACCACGGAAGAACGAGACAUCAUCGCCAAUGCAUACGAUGCUGGGACACUCAAAGUGUGUGUAGCAACAUGUAGCUUAGCAGCUGGCAUAAACUUGCCGGCACGACGAGUAAUUCUUCACAAUGCUCGUAUGGGAAGAGAUUUUGUAGGGCCAUCGAUGCUCAGACAGAUGCGUGGACGGGCCGGUCGCAAGGGAAAGGACGAAGUCGGAGAAACCUACCUGUGCUGCCGAAAGGACGAUCUUGAGCAGGUUGUCGACUUGAUGCACGCUGAGAUACCGCAAAUCACAAGCGGGUUGAUGACGGACAGAAAGCGAAUACAAAGAGCACUUUUGGAAGUCAUUGCCAUACGGUUAGCAACAAGCCGAGAUGCGCUGGACGAGUACAUAACAAAGACUUUGCUAAGCCACUCUGGGCCUCUGGAGUCCCUCCAAGACUGCGUCGAGGUCAGCCUCAGAAAUCUGACGAACAUGGGCUUUGUGUCCGUAGACGACUGCGAGAACUACCAACCGACAAAACUUGGGAGGGCCAUUGUGGCUUCUGCAUUGGAUCCUGAAGAUGGUGUCUUCAUCCACAAGGAACUGGAAAGGGCGCUUCAAGCAUUUGUUAUGGACGGAGAGAUGCAUAUCCUUUACACUUUCACACCCGUCCAGGACUCUGGCAUCAACAUCAACUGGCAAGUCUUCAGGAACGAGAUGGACAAUAUGGAUGAAAGUGGACAUAGAGUUCUCGGUUUCCUUGGGCUUAAGCGUGCUGUAAUCAACCGGCUAGCGCAGGGUAGUGCACUCAAAGAAACGACUGCUGAGGAGAAAGAAGUAGUUCGUGUACACCGUCGGUUUUACAUGGCCUUUCAAUUACGAGACCUGUGUAACGAGAUGCCCAUCCACGUUGUGGCGCGAAAGUACGAUGUGCCGCGAGGUGCCGUUCAAACCCUAUCCCAAACUUGCAAUGGGUUUGCGGCUGGAAUGGUCAAAUUCUGCGAAUACAUGGAUUGGGGCGUUAUGUCUGCUGCAUUAGAUCACUUUUCAGACCGUUUGAGAGCUGGGGCAAAAGCCGACUUGCUGGCCUUGGCAAAGAUCACUUUUGUGAAGAGUCGGACAGCAAGAGUCUUUUGGGAGAACGGUUUUCGCAGCAUUGCGGCCAUCGCAAAUGCUGAUCCCAACGAGCUCCUACCAAUUCUGAUGCAGGCUCAACCAAGUAAACUGCGCAUCAAGGAGCAGGAAAGUAUCAAAUACGAAGGAAAACUCAUGGCCAAGGCCAGGGUCAUCUCGGAUUCGGCCAACCGACUGUGGCGUAAGUCAAACCGAGAGACAUAUCGGCGCCGUUGGUGGACUGUUGUUGGCAACGGUUGGAGCGGCCUACAGCACGCUCUUUACUUGCAGCUUGGUAGCACCGCGGCCGUUACGAAGCUGAUGCGCAUGCAUGCCGUCGCACAUCCGCCAAUAAUUGAGGGCCGCUCCCACCGCUACUCUGGGUCCCCGUGGCUUCUCAGUGGUCUGACUAGCCGCGAUUUUGGAACAAGGCCGUUCAUCACAUGGCACCCGCAGUACGGUGCUGCAUUUGCCUGCACACCCACGGCGACGGAUUGCAUAGGAAGCAGACCGAGGAAUGGCAAACCCAGCGCAAAUCCCGGGUGGCACCUGACAUGCAAUCGAUUCUUCUAUGCGACAACACAACCGUUCAUGCGCGAGUUACACAGCAGGGGAGACGGGAAAAGCAAAGAAUCUGACUCUGUAGUUGGCGGUCGCGCCCAGAAGGCUCGCGACCAACAAAGGUCUGACAGCCACCGCCCACCGAGCUACCCACCCUCAUCCGUCUUCGGUUGUUCCUUGUCUCCGAAAUGCGCUCUCAUGUUCCUCUCUCUCCUUCUUGUUUUUGUUUUCUCGUGGUUCUUCGACUCGACUUGUUCAUUUUCUCUUCUGGUCACCUGUUACAGCUCAUCAGAAAACAAGAUCGUGAGUGCUGGCGGGAGCAGUGCUGAUGCAGAUGAUGCCGUUCGAACGCUGGGCGAUGUUAUGAGAGCACGACCGACCGGGUUCCCGGACGUCGUUGUCAUCGAUCAGACACAUGAAGAGAACGAACGGAAAGAUGAUCCUAGCCCUAGCGAAGAUUUGUGGCUCAGUUCAGCAGACGGUCGAUACAGUUCGACCAUCGUUCCCUUGCGAGUUGGACGAGCGCCGAAUCAAGAGAUUUUCCAUGUACACAGAAAUAUCUUGCUAGCGACGGAAUAUUUCCGAAAAGCCCUUUGCGGAGAUUUCAGAGAAGCUGAGGCCCAAUCCAUGGACUUUCCAGAAGAGGAUCCGGCCAUUUUCCACUUUCUCGUCGCCUUCCUCUACCAAAGAAGCUUUAUUCCUAUCAAGCCAGCAGCGUCAGCACUGGCUGUCGAGGCAUCAGAACGAGGGAAAGCACAAGACUCUGGCUACCGAAGCGAAUCGGAGUCGGAGGUGUCAUCGUCGGAGGCCAGUGAGGCCAGUGCCAGAAGUCGAAUCCGGGCGCAGAGGCGGCAACGGCGGCGGGAGCGGCAAUGGGACCGCAUGAACCGGAAACAGCCAGGUACACACCGCCCAGAUUGCAGAUGUCCGCGCUGCACCACAACCAUCGGCUCGCCAUGCUGGAACUGUGGCGUUGGUCGCGCAAGGCCGAUUCCGGGCCACCUUCCGCCGCACAUCAUCAACCCUAUGCCGCCAGUGCGGCCCCUAGGUUUACAGCCACACAGCCGACGCCGUAGCCGACAGCAAGUCAUCACACCGCCAGAGUCAACGCCCUCGGUCGGUUUGCCAGUCUCUACCAACGACGAGUAUGCGGAUGGCGACCGUAUACGAGGCCAAGACAUGCGGACUUUUCUGCUCACAUACGAGCUGAGUCUAGAGGUAUACAUUGUUGCCAAUAAAUUCCUCAUGGAUGACUUCAAAACUGCGAUCCAGCGUCACUGCAUCGACAUGCUCGAAUCCGCCGGACCUGAUGCAGCGCAGUCGAUUGUGUUGCAACUUUGUUCGAAGCUCUACGCCGGCGUCCCUGAAUCUGACCCAUUAUUGAGGAUGAUCUUUGCGCGCGUUGGCUUCUUACAGCCUCUGCUCUGGCAACGAGCGCCGCAGUUCACGUCGGAAUUUCUGAUUGGGCAUCCAGAAGUUGCGGCUCUUAUGCUCCGAGAGACAGCCAUUCGAAGAGAGGAGGAUCUAGGCAGUAGGGCGCUACCGUCCAUGGAACGGGCGACGCACCCUCACGUCAUGCCUAUGUGGCCGGUUGCGCCGCCUAUGCAUCCUCAUAUGCGGCCUCCGCCGCCUCCGCCGCCGCAUCAUUGGCAUCCAGGACCGUUUGGUGUUUAA